UUUCUUCUGAUUCACGGUGUUUCAGUUCAUCCUUCCCUUUGUUGUCUGCUUCCUGAAGGCUGAGAUCUAGCUUACCGAAAAAGCAGGGCUCUCAACAGUGUUUUGGGUUUUGCUUUUUGGUUUUUUCUUAUUGAGCUUUAUUUGAAUAACUAGCGUUUCUUUAGGUUUUAAUACAGUUCUUCUACAUUAAAUGUUAAAGGAAUGUCUACUUUUUAAAAACAACUUUCAGAGUUCUAAUUUAGACAGCUUAAGUGAUCCCUUUUGGAAAGCAUGUUGUCACCUACUGAGGAGAGGUAACAUGGACUUUAAUCACUUAAACCAGGAGUGGAAUUAUGAGGAAAAGAUACUAAGCAUUAUAAGUGGAAGUGUGUUUACAGCACAAAGAUUUUUAGGAGAAACUGUUCGGAAGAUGUAGUAAUUCUUUAGAGCCUUAAUAUGAAUGUUUUCCUUUGAAUGCUUAUCUCUGUAUGCAUCAGACUAAAAUAUAGGUAUUGCUUUAGAAUAUGUCCUGUGUGCAUGGCUUCUUCAAUAAGCUGCGGUAGUGCUCAGCUUAAAAAAAAAACCAAACAGGCAUAUUGUUAUUAUAGUUUUGUUAUGGUGGUUGGAUGACUGUCAUGCUAUUAAGGGAUUUUUCCUAUGGCUGAAACAGUCUUAUGUUCAAUAGUAUUCAUGUGCAUGGCAUUUUUUGCUUGCUUGUAUCUCUUUCAGCUGGUUACUCAAAGCAAAUAGGAGGCCUGGUUGUCAGUUCUUAGAUCAGCAGGUUUUUCUUUCUCUGUAUUGCACAUAAAAGGCAUCCAGAAAUAAAUCAUGCAGACGUUUGAGCACACAGAUUUUGUCACAGAAAUCUUGCCUUAUGUAAGGUCUAAGGAAAGUAAGUUAAGGCAUGUGAUUUCAGGGAGUGCAGUAUCUUUUUGCUGCCAGGAAGAAAGCCACAAUAACCUCACUUGAUUCACACAUCUGAUUAACGUUAAUAGUAUGUAUUAUUUCCACGUUCUUUCUCAAUACUGAAAUAUGAGAUUAAAAAACCAAACAUAAACUAGAAAAAACAUGGGCAAGAUUAGCGUUACAUCUAGGAUUUCACUCUUUCUUGGUUGAAGUGUAUGUAAAAUUAAAAAAGGAUCAAGUAUGCCAGUCGGUUCAUGUUGUUCUAAAGCCAGAUAUCCCAGCUUUUGUGUUCUCACUGCUGUUUAUAAUUCCUGUAGACAAUUAGGAUAAAUGAAGCCCUGAGCCUGCAGUUUCUUUCUGUGCAGACUAAGUCUGCCCAGCUAGAAUAAACGGCAACAUUGGAGCCUGAGGAAAGAGUGAAACAAACACACGCAAUUUCGUUCAAAUAGCCUUUAUAAAUAAGGGGAUAAUAUUUGAGGAGUUAACUAUAGCUUUUUUGUUGAGAUGACAAUUGGUACUGUUUUCCUGGUAGGAUGUUGUGUUAGGCUAUUGUUCUCUCCAGCAUGGAUUUGUUUAGCUGAACUAUAAACUCUGUAAAACUUUUAUCUAAAAUCAUUUAACAAAACAUUUUGUAAACACUGUUGUGUUUGUUUUGUUUUUUUUUUUAAGGCAUGGAUUCAUGUUUCCCUACAUGUAUCACUGAGAAUCAAUCUGCACACCUUUUCUUUAGAAAGCAAACUAGUGAGAAGUUGAACUCAUAAGCAGCAGUCUAGCACAGAAUUUUUGAAGGACUUGUGUCUCUGAAAGCAUGUGACAUUUUUAAAUUGUGAGCAGAUCUAGAUUUUUCCCCCCUAAUGUUGAUGACUGCUCAGAGUUCAAUUUCUUCUUAUCACAAUAUGUGGCUGGUUCAGUUUCCUUCUUUACAAGUCAUCCUUUCUUGCUUAUUUUUAGCCUCACUGAAAUUCAAACAAUCAUCUUUGUUUCUGUUCCUGUUAGUAUUGUAUACUGAGAUUGUUGGACGAUUUCAAAGAUGUCAAAGCAGUUAGAAGAGGUAUUGUUGAUAUAAGCUCCCUCUGCUGGUUAGUUCUGCAGUAGAAAUAAAGCUGUAUGGUGUAUAGUUGUUUAUCACUGAAUCAUGCGGCAGAAAUGAAGACAGUUGAAAGUAGUGACAUACAGUGUUUCUAAAAGCAAGUAUCUACUGGAGCACCAAGUUUAAGUUUAUGGCUUUUAAUUGCAAUUUACCUAAAAUCUAGAUGUUGAUAUGUAAGUGACAGAUCCUCCUUCAAACUGUUGCUUGCCAUGUUGCAUGCAGAAUCUAAAUAGCUUGAGAGCUAAUAUACUGAGACAGCCAUCUGCAAACAGAUUAAAGUAACUUCAUUACUUUGGACUCCAUCUGCUGCUAUGUUAUACUUACAAACUUUCAGUUAAGGUGCACUCAUAGCAUGUCAUGUAGUGGAGUCCAGGCCUGUAGGUGAGUAUCAGAAGUAAGCAAUAGCCUUAGAUAACUUAUUGAUACAGUACAGGAAGGGUGAGUGAAGGACACUGUUUCUUUGUGCCACUGUUGGCAAUUACAUGACUGAAGUCUUCUAGGUCAGCCUUCUGUAGCAAGGACUUGCCCAUAAGAAACUCUGCACAUACCUUCCCCGCUCCGUGUUCUGACAAAUGUGCAAAGAUGAAGUUUGAGUGAUUGGUGUGAGAGAUCAAUCACUAUAUUGCAGUGUCUACCCUUUCAGAAAGUGUGCGGUGUGUCUUAGAGGAUGCUAAAAUUAAUUGGAUUUCUGUUUUGAUAACACUGAGUUACUUUACUGACAUCUCCAUUUACAGUACUAUAUAUAAAUAAAUACUCCUCAAAUACUUUUUCCCCAAUGUAGACCUCCCCCCUCUUCCCCCCCUUCUUGUGGCAAAUAGAACUUUUAUUGGAAAACUAGGAAAUUGGUUAAGGUUGUUAAGGAAUCCAUCUUUAGAGAUGAAAAAGGUGGUGCUUAUGCCUAGGUUGGGCAUUUCUUUUCUGUGGGAAAUGGAGAAUAAGUAAUCCGAACAGCUUUCUAUGCACAGUUAAAGCUAAGAAACAGGUAUCCAUGUAUAAGCCCCAGAACUUUCAAGUUUGUAUGUUAUUUCACUCAUUUAGUCAUAAGUAUAAACAAAAAUAGCUGUUGCUACUGUAGAAAUGUUGCCACUGAAUGAUGAUAGGUACUCCAGCGAAUGGCAGCAUCUAAGGACAAUAGUUAAUAUUUGUAAAGGGGAGGGGAAAAGGACUUGUGUUUGGGGGGAAACAGUACGUAUUAUAUAAAAGGCAGGAGAUGUUUUCUCUUGGUUCCUUGUGUGAGUUUUUUUGUUUUAAGGAUUUUUGUGAACCUUCAUUGGUUGCUAAACCUGGAGAGGGUUUAGGAUUGAGAUUUAUUAAAGAAACCUGCCAGUGGCAGAUGAGUUGUCAUUAAAAACCUUUUAGGGAAGACUCUUGAAAUAAUUUGUAGGAUUGUGGUAACAGUUGAAAUUGGAAAUAUACUGAAUUGUUUUAGAUAAAGCAGUGUUAGACCCAUCAAAAAUUGUAAGAAUCUGCAUCUGUGGGUGGAGUUCAUUGCUUAUGCCUUCAGCGUGGAAAGUCUUGUGUGCUUGAAAGCUUUUCUUUUACCUACUGCUAUUAGUUUGUCUGACAAGAGACCCAGUUGAGCUUUGAGGUAUGGAAAUGCAGUGUAACUCACAUAGAUUUUGGAAGUACUUGGAAAGGUUUUGUCGAAGUGGAGUGGUUAACUGAGUCAUACAGUAAUGGAAAAUAAGCCAAGUGGAUUAAAGACUUAGUGCAAAGAUCAGAAAGGGAGAGAGAAAGUAGCGUAUUUAAAACUGAUUACCUUUAGAGUAGAAUAGGUUCUCGGGGUGUGGUAAGAAUUGUUAAUGUUAAUUUCCUAGGACAUUCUCCAUCAAAAUAACAUUUUUCUUCAUGUUUUAAAUUGACAGGAUGCAUUGGAAAGAACUUCAGUGAAGAAAAUAUUUUUCUUGAUGUCUGGUUUAUGACACAUUUGUUGUGUGGCCAAUUUUAUGUUAUAUGAAGCAUGUUAAAUAGAAACAUCAUGACACACAGCAGCAUCAUGGUGGAUGUAGGCAAGUGGCCAAUAUUUACCUUACUGUCACCUCAAGAAAUAGCGUCUAUUCGGAAAGCGUGUGUAUUCGGUACAUCAGCUAAUGAAGCUAUAUACAUAACACACAAUGAUGAGGUAUUUGUUUUUGGACUGAAUUGCAGUAAUUGUUUGGGAACUGGAGAUAAUCAGAGCACAAUAGUACCAAAGAAAUUAGAAGCCUUAUGUGGAAAGAAGAUUUCCAGUCUCAGUUAUGGAAGUGGACCCCAUGUUGUACUUUGCACUGAAGACGGUGAAGUGUAUGCCUGGGGUCAUAAUGGUUACAGCCAACUUGGGAAUGGCACAACCAAUCAGGGCAUUACUCCUGUUCAAGUUUGCACAAACCUGUUAAUAAAGAAGGUGGUGGAAGUAGCCUGUGGCUCUCAUCAUUCCAUGGCACUGUCUUUUGAUGGGGAUCUGUAUGCUUGGGGCUAUAAUAACUGUGGUCAAGUGGGAUCUGGAUCUACAGCAAACCAGCCGACUCCUCGUAGGGUUUCGAACUGUUUACAGGGUAAAAUGGUAGUUGGCAUUGCUUGUGGUCAGACCUCCUCCAUGGCUGUAGUAAACAAUGGUGAGGUUUAUGGCUGGGGUUACAAUGGUAAUGGUCAGCUAGGUCUUGGAAACAAUGGCAAUCAACUAACACCAUGCAGAGUGGGAGCGUUACAUGGUGUGUGUAUACUCCAGAUUGCCUGUGGCUAUGCGCACACACUAGCACUAACAGAUGAGGGUUUGCUCUAUGCCUGGGGAGCUAACACUUAUGGGCAGCUGGGAACUGGCAAUAAAAGUAACCAGCUAAGCCCGAUGCAGAUCAUGAUGGAAAAAGAAAGGGUUGUGGAGAUUGCAGCCUGCCACUCUGCUCACACGUCAGCUGCCAAGACCCAGAGCGGCCAGGUGUACAUGUGGGGCCAAUGCCGUGGGCAGUCAGUGAUCCUUCCCCACCUCACUCACUUUGCCUGCACCGACGACGUGUUUGCUUGCUUUGCUACUCCUGCUGUUAUGUGGCGUCUGCUGUCAGUAGAGCAUGAAGACUUUUUAACAGUAGCAGAGUCUCUGAAGAAAGAAUUUGACAGCCCAGAAACCUCAGACCUUAAGUUCCGUGUGGAUGGAAAGUACAUCCAUGUCCAUAAAGCUGUUCUGAAAAUCAGGUGUGAACACUUCAGAACCAUGUUCCAGUCGUACUGGAAUGAGGAUAUGAAGGAAGUGAUAGAAAUAGACCAGUUUUCUUAUCCUGUGUAUCGUGCCUUUCUUGAGUACUUGUAUACAGACAGUGUUGACCUUCCGCCUGAAGAUGCAAUAGGGCUUUUGGAUUUGGCUACUUCAUACUGUGAAAAUAGACUGAAAAAACUGUGUCAACACAUUAUCAAGAGAGGAAUUACUGUGGAAAAUGCGUUUUCAUUGCUCUCUGCUGCUGUCAGAUACGAUGCAGAGGACUUAGAGGAAUUCUGCUUUAAGUUUUGUGUCAAUCAUUUGACAGAAGUGACACAAACCACAGCGUUUUGGCAAAUGGAUGGUCGCCUGCUAAAGGAAUUCAUUGCUAAAGCCAGUAAAUGCGGAGCCUUUAAGAACUGAAAUGAGGCUGAGAAGAUGUGAAGGGCCAGAGUGAAAACAUGUUUUCUGUGCUCGAGUGAACUGUUGCAAAAAUGUCAAGUCAAGUGAAAUAUUCACUUGCAUUUAGCAAGCCUGGAUGGUGGAACUUGCUCAAGAUUUCAGACAGAGUGAGUAACUGCUGCAGUGUGCAAAGGACACCAGCUGUGUUAAGGACUCACCUUUUUAGCCUAGGAGAGCUCCAUUCUAGCACCACCUGUUCGUAUUUUCAAUUUACUUUUUGGUGUUGGAGAAUAGUCUGACCUGAGCCACUGAAUGAUGUCACUUAAAUCAUUAACUCCCUGGGGUUAUAGAGAAACAAAUGGCAUGGAUAUCUCUUACUGCAUUUGCAUGAUCAUGGAUGAAUUUGCCAUUUGCUGUGUGUAAUUAACCAACUGUAUCUGGUGCUUAGAAAAGUGUGCAAAACUAUCAUACGCUCAAAGCCUAUGCAAGUGACUUUGAAGAAAGGCAUAACUAGCAAAUUUAAUUGGAAGUAAAUCUCUUAUAUUUGAGUAUACCUUAAUAUUAAGUUGUAAUGUGUACUUUGUGUAAUCUGUUCAAGCAAUAUUUAUAAUGGUUAAUGGAAAAAAAAUCCCUCUUCAGUGAUUACAUUGGUUCCCUUGGAGAGGAAGAGAUACACUGUUCUGAAAGCGGUGGUUUUGCAUUUGUGUUGUCUAAAUCUAAACUAUGUGUAAUAAAAUCCACUUUUUUUUA